AUGGCGACGUCGCGCGCAGUCAAGAACGUCCCCGAUGCCACGCAGACCAUAUCUAGCCUCAUGCGGGACGAUAGGGAACCAGUCACUCGGCUUCCGCUCAUGAUCAAGCAGGGUAGUGACAGCCAUGACAGGACUUACAGGGGCAGUCCUCCAUUCUUCAACACUCUAAUGGGCUUUGGUCUGGGCGUCAACGACACGCGACAAGAAUGUUCACCUGCAGACCCAAUGGAUAACCUUUCUCUAGAGACGUUUCUCGGCAUAGCUCAGAACAGCGGCGAGCGAAAUCCUAGAACCGUCUGA